GAUUCAAGAAAGAGAUUGUUGUUGACGGACAGAGCUAUCUGCUGCUGAUUAGAGAUGAAGGGGGCCCCCCAGAGGCGCAGUUUGCCAUGUGGGUGGACGCGGUCAUAUUCGUCUUCAGCCUAGAGGAUGAGAUCAGCUUCCAGACCGUUUACCACUAUUACAGUCGGAUGGCCAACUACCGGAGCACGAGCGAGAUCCCUCUGGUUCUGGUGGGAACCCAGGAUGCCAUAAGUUCCACGAACCCGCGGGUCAUCGACGACGCCAGGGCGCGGAAGCUGUCCAGCGACCUGAAGAGGUGCACGUACUACGAGACGUGCGCCACCUACGGGCUGAACGUGGAGCGUGUCUUCCAGGACGUUGCCCAGAAGAUUGUGGCCACACGGAAGAAGCAGCAGCUGUCCAUAGGGCCCUGCAAGUCGCUGCCCAACUCCCCGAGCCACUCGUCCGUCUGCUCCGCGCAGGUGUCCGCCGUGCACAUCAGCCAGACGAGUAACGGAGGCGGGAGCCUAAGUGACUAUUCCUCCUCCGUCCCGUCGACCCCGAGCACCAGCCAGAAGGAGCUUCGAAUCGACGUCCCUCCCACGGCCAACACGCCCACACCCGUCCGGAAGCAGUCCAAGCGCCGGUCCAACCUUUUCACCUCUCGAAAAGGGAGUGACCCAGACAAAGAGAAGAAAGGCCUGGAGGGCCGAGCAGACAGCAUCGGGAGCGGCCGGGCCAUCCCAAUUAAACAGGGCAUGCUGCUGAAGCGAAGUGGCAAGUCUUUGAACAAGGAGUGGAAGAAGAAGUACGUCACCCUGUGUGACAAUGGCGUGCUGACCUAUCACCCAAGUUUACAUGAUUACAUGCAGAAUGUUCAUGGUAAAGAGAUUGAUCUUCUGAGAACCACUGUGAAAGUCCCAGGGAAGAGGCCACCCCGAGCCACGUCAGCCUGCGCACCCAUCUCCAGCCCUAAAACCAAUGGCCUGUCCAAGGACAUGAGCAGUUUACACAUCUCCCCAAAUUCAGGGAAUGUCACUAGUGCGUCUGGGUCUCAGAUGGCAAGCGGCGUCAGCCUGGGCUCCUUCAACAGCCGGCCAGACGGCAUGCAGCAACGCUCCUACUCUGUCUCCAGUGCCGACCAGUGGAGUGAGGCUACGGUCAUUGCAAACUCGGCCAUCAGCAGUGACACGGGGCUGGGCGACUCCGUGUGCUCCAGCCCCAGCGUGUCCAGCACCACCAGCCCCAAGCUCGACCCGCCCCCCUCCCCUCACGCCAACAGAAAGAAGCACCGAAGGAAGAAAAGUACCAGCAACUUCAAAGCCGACGGUCUCUCCGGCACCGCCGAAGCCAAGCGCAAGGCAUGGAAACUAAACCGUGUUGGUAGCCUGCGAAAUAUAUACAGCGGUGGCGGCACCAACACCGAAGAACAAGAGGAAAACUUUGAGUUUAUCAUCGUGUCCCUCACUGGCCAGACGUGGCACUUUGAAGCCACCACAUACGAAGAACGAGACGCGUGGGUCCAAGCCAUCGAGAGCCAGAUCCUCGCCAGCCUGCAGUCCUGUGAGAGCAGCAAGAACAAGUCCCGCCUGACGAGCCAGAGUGAGGCCAUAGCCUUGCAGUCGAUACGAAACAUGCGCGGGAACUCCCACUGCGUGGACUGCGAGACCCAGAAUCCUAACUGGGCCAGUUUGAACCUGGGGGCCCUCAUGUGCAUCGAGUGCUCGGGGAUCCACCGGAACCUUGGCACCCACCUUUCUCGAGUCCGGUCUCUGGACCUUGACGACUGGCCCAUCGAGCUCAUCAAGGUGAUGUCCUCCAUCGGGAACGAGCUGGCCAACAGCGUCUGGGAGGGAAGUAGCCAGGGGCGGACGAAGCCCUCACUGGACUCCACAAGGGAGGAGAAGGAGCGGUGGAUCCGGGCCAAGUACGAACAGAAGCUCUUCCUGGCCCCCCUGCCCUGCACGGAGCUGUCCCUGGGCCAGCACCUGCUGCGGGCCACCGCCGACGAGGACCUGCGGGCCGUCAUCCUGCUGCUGGCGCAUGGCUCCCGCGACGAGGUGAACGAGACCUGCGGGGAGGGGGACGGCCGCACAGCGCUGCACCUGGCCUGCCGGAAGGGCAACGUGGUCCUGGCACAGCUCCUCAUCUGGUACGGGGUGGACGCCAUGGCCCGCGACGCCCACGGGAACACGGCGCUGGCCUACGCCCGGCAGGCGUCCAGCCAGGAGUGCAUCGACGUCCUGCUGCAGUACGGCUGCCCGGACGAGCGCUUCGCGCUCAUGGCCACCCCCAACCUGUCCCGGAAGAACAAUAACCGCAACAACAGCGGCGGGCGGGUGCCCACCGUCAUCUGAGCACCGCGGCGCCGCCGCGCCUCCCCCGGAGCCGCCACAUGAGCCGAUGACCAGUUGGUUGCCAACCAGCGUGAUGACAGCCAGCCGGACCCCCAGCCGGACCCCCAGCCGGAGGCCGGGUGCUCAGGAACCAGGAGUGUUCAUUUACAGCAGGAAUGCUGAGAGCAGAAGGCCAGAGCCCAAGCCUGGAAAGCUGCCCCCAGGCCGGCAGUGCGUCCUCAGACCAGUCGGUGACAGCGUCCCCUUCCCAUCGGAGCCUCUGGGCCUCCCCUCUGCGGGGCCAGCCUGUGCCCUUCCCCACCCCUGUGUGCUGGGAGCCGGGUCCGAGGAGGGGUGAGGCUCUCUGUGAGCCUCUUUUCCCAAAGAGCCCCGCCCCCAGCGGGUGAGCCACGCUGCCCGCUCACUGACAUUUAACCUCCAUUUUUAGAGUUUGAUUUUCCAGAGGCAGAGAGAAGGUUGAGGCUGAGCCUCAUGGAUUCACUAAGGUCGCUUCAGCCCAAGAUGACCCCUUCUGUCUCCUACACCGUGUUGUCGUGUUGUUGGCUCCCUUUAGAACUAACCACCAAGAGGGGCGCUUGGGGGGCUCAGUCAGGUAAGCGUCUGACUUCGGCUCAGGUCAUGAUCUCG